AUGACAUCCAUAUACACUAAAAACGACUUCUCUAAUCAUCAAUGGAAUCGGUUUUAUUUAAUAGAAGAACAAAAAUUAUUCUAUUGCAAAAUCCCUAAAGUUGGAUCAACGACAAUGCUGAAAUGGUUACUGAUGACUUACUGUAUUAAAAACAAAAUCAAAAACUGUACUCGAUUUUCUCAAAAUGAAAUUCACGAAGUCAAUUAUAUAAAAACGUAUGAGAAAAGUUUUAUUAAUUUGAAUUCAAUCAACAAUAUGGAAGGCGUUCAAAAAAUCUUGAUAGUAAGACAUCCAGCCGAACGCAUAGUCUCUGCAUAUUUAAACAAAUUUAUUUACGAAACAAAACGUGUCGGAAAAUCGCCACACUAUGUUCAACAAGUUCGACAAGCCUUAACUGGCUAUCCUGAAGAGUUUGUAACAUUUGAACAAUUUGUCAGUUAUUUAAUAAAUAACUCCCAAAAGGCUUCACAAUUUAAUGAACAUUGGGCAUUAAUGAGCGAUUUGUGUUUGCCCGGAUACAUCAAUUACAAAAUAAUAUAUCUAGAACAACUUGAUGAAUUUAUGCAACAUCUUUUUAAGAUUUACGGAUUAACAGAAAAAGGAAUGUUUUGGAUCAAAGACGUUACGCAUAAAACGAACUCUGUUGAUUAUGUUUCCAAAUAUUUUUUGAAUUUGACGACAGAAAUGAAAUAUGCUUUUUACAAUUUGUACAAAAAUGAUCACCUCUAUUUUGGGUUUAAGCCUUAUUUGUAA